AUGAGCCGAUACUGCCGGCUCUUCUUAGGCCAACCGACCAAUGGACUGGCAGCCUCCUCUGGUACAUGUUUCUUCUCUGAAAAUCCCGAAUCGCUGAGGGCGGAAUUGUUGGUUUCGAGACCUCAUGAUUCGCUAUUGCACAUGUCCCGUUUAGCGUUCUUAGGUCCACGUUACUCCGACUCCACGCCGAUGAAACAGGUCCACUCACUUGGAUGCACUGUCGUGUCUUUUUCUAUUGGGUCGGUGGGACACGAAUUGGAAUCCAACCAACUGCUGUCUGCGUUGUAUGAGAUGUUCUGGACCUUUGAUGGGCUUCAACAGUCUCGGCUGGUUUCCGGCUUGCUGUACUUUGUUGACAAUUAAUUGGUUUAUCCUUUGGCUGUCUCACCGCUUUGCUGUCUUCUGCCUUUGACGUCUCCCUUUCUGACGCCGUUCAGCUGCGAUCAUCGCUACUCUUCGACAUGCAAGUCCGUCGACCCGUUGCCUCGGCCCCCCGUCUCCACAGGCAUCUCUGGCCUUGUACCUGCGGUCACUUCUCUUCUGCUGCCCACCGCUCGGGCGACGUCCUGGUCCUCGUCCAACCGGCCGGCCAUGCACCGCCCACCCUCAGCCUCGCCUCCUCCCAUCGCAUCAGCCAACAGACUCAAGCCCAACGCUGCUCAUGCGGCCUCCCUCUUCUCUUCCUCACCCUCCUCCUCCUCUCCCUCCCCCUCUUCAUCCCCCUCCUCUUCCGCCAGCGCCUCCACCUCCUCUUCACUCACUCUCCUCCCCUCCACCCACUCCCUCUUCUCCUCUCCACAGCCGAACUUUUCUGCCCCCUUCGUCUCCACUCCGCCCCACUCCCUCGGCGCCACGCUCUUUUUGAGCCCAGCCCCUGUUGCUAUGACAACUGGUCAUCAGGCCGCUUGCCCAUGUCCUGUCGUAGGUUAUUCUGGGAGGGCAGGAGAGCCGGACGCAGUGGCUGAUUGGUCGUCAAGAUUCAGUUCCGCGGAGGUGCCUAAGGUGGAGGUGGAGACGAAGACUUCACUUGUUCUCGGCCAGACCGACGGUUGUCGUCUCCUUGAUUCUCUCGCUCUGGCGCCAAGACUCGACUCUGUACCGGGCUGGACAAGUCGAGUUUCCGAGGCGCCGAUCCGGCUGGGCGCACCAGCCUCUGUCCUCACGCCCGGACGGUCUGGCGAUGCCUCGGCCAACAAAACCUGGAGCCCCGGAAAGCGAGGAGAUGACCUUACACUUUUGUCACACCAGCCAACGCGAUCGAGUUUCCGGAGGCCAGAUCUCUUGGCCGGCCUGUCCACAACGGUAGGUGUUACCUCGACGGCAGAUGAGCCAUUCAGCGCGCCACAUCAACGCAUCAACGAUCCAGCCAAACUGGUGAUUGAGCGUCGUGAAAAGUCGAGGUUGGCUGCUCAAUUGCGUCGUGACAAAGAGAAUCGAGCUCUUUCCCGCCUGCACUCUUCCCUGCCAGUCAAUUUUGCUGCCAUCUUGUCACCACGAGUCAGCUGUUUUCACAACCUUCUCGGCGGGCCGACCAGCCUAUCCGAAGCUCUACAAACCUUGGAGCCCGUCGAUGUUGCGGUGACUGGGAGCGGCGCCGGGAACGGGAGAUUCUUUUCGUCUGACGACUGGUUCAUGAGGACUCUAAAGUCGGCACGAGUGAAGCCAGAAGAGGCUGGGGUGACAGACGCUGAGGCUGCCGUUGACGACGUGAAGACGAGACGGACGGAGUCAGACUAUGCGGACGAAAGGAGGCAGGAGGUGGAGAGAGGUUAUACCAAGGCUAUGGUAGGCACAACACUCACACUGUCGGGUAGUGGGAAUGACAUUCGAGAGGAGGAGCAGAGUCUGGCGCCACCACCCUGCCUCGUUGCAUACGGUCAGGGCCUCGAGAAAUCUGUCACCAUCCGACUGGCCGCCAACUCGUUAUAUCUGUUCUCCUACAUCUACCCGGACAUGUUUUCCGCCUCUACCCCAAAAGGCGAGUUUUUUGAAGACCGUCAAUAUUAG